AUGACACGUCUUGUUGUUUUGGGUGCAUUAAUAAGUGUUUCGAUAACAUCGCGACUAUUUGCCGAAUAUGCUGAUAAUCAGCGUCAUAUAUAUCCUGAUCUUUAUACGGCAGUUGUACGCUCCGUAUUUCAAGCAUUUUGUAUUAUUUGUAUUGCAUUGACACUUGCCAUCUUACUCAUACAUCUUUAUGGUGCUCGAUUUCGAGGACCUCAUUUUUCAAAUAUAAACCGAUUGUGUAGUACUCUAAAUAUAAUAAUGGGUUUAAUGAUGCUUUCAAUGGGAAUUUGUUCAGCUUUAUGGGAAGAUAAAUUGCGUAGAACACCAGCAGUUGUGAAUAAAGGAUAUUAUUCUUAUCGUGAACGUUAUCUAUUUGGAGAACCUACAUACGGUCAUCCGGGAGCGGCUGCUGCAGCAGCAGCAUUUGGGUUUUUGGCCGCUAUUCUCUAUUUUAUUGAAGCAUGUACAAGACCAACAUUAGAUACAGAAACAAGACAUAUACCAAUUUCCAAUCGAAAUUAUGUGAAUACAACGGAAACACCGAUCAAUUAUCAACCUCAACAAUAUUAUCCAGCAAAAUAUCCCAUUACAACAUCAACUCAUGAACGAAUUAUCCCUGUUGAAACAACAAUAAAUCGGCCUAGUUACUAG